GUUGGUCAGUGGUCUACUCACGGAACAGCGAUCCCUUUUUUCACGUAAAAUUUAUUAUUCAAUUCUUCAUUCAAGAGUUUCAUUUAUUUUCCGCAUUAGACCUGCAGCCUUUUUUAAGAAAAAUAAUUCGAUCCAUUUUUUAUAAACCGUUUUGAUUUCCUUAACAUUUAUACAAAUGGAUCUUAACGACCUUAUUGAUGAAGUUGAAAUUGAAGGUAAUCUACAAAACAUAAUCGCGCAAGAAAGUUUGAAAUGGAUUUUCGUAGGUGGUAAAGGAGGUGUUGGUAAAACUACUGUCAGUUGUGGUUUGGCCAUUCAAUUAGCUAAAGUCCGUGAAACAGUACUACUAUUAUCAACUGAUCCAGCACACAACAUAUCUGAUGCUUUUGGACAACGAUUCACCAAAGUACCUACUAAAGUUGAAGGUUUGGACAAUUUAUUUGCCAUGGAAGUUGACCCUGAUACUCAUGGUGAAAGCGAAACUUUAUUUGGACCUGAUAAUGGAUCUGAAACAAUAAGGCUAGGUAACAGUAUUAUGAAAACCAUUGUAUCAGCAUUUCCAGGUAUUGAUGAGUCAAUGAGUUAUGCUCAAAUAAUGAAGUUGGUCAAGAGUAUGGAUUUUUCGGUGGUUGUAUUUGACACAGCUCCUACAGGACAUACUCUAAGACUGCUAACAUUCCCUUUGAUGAUGGAAAAAGCCUUAGGAAAAAUUUUGGAAUUUAAAGAAAGAAUGAGUCCUUACCUAAAUCGAUUAAGUAUGCUUUUGGGACCUGGUAUUAAUCUAGAUGAUAUUGCUCAAAAAAUUGAAGAAUUGUUGGAUACCAUUAAAACUGUUAAUCAACAAUUCAAAAAUCGAGAUAAAACCACAUUUAUUGGUGUAUGCAUUGCUGAAUUUUUGUCAUUGUAUGAAACGGAAAGGCUUUUCCAAGAAUUAUACAAACUUGGAAUUGACACCCAUAAUAUUGUUGUUAAUCAAUUAUGCACGACCAAUGGAGUUUCGAAUCCCAAAUGUAAAAUGUGUUGUGGAAGAAAGAAAUUACAGUGCACCUAUUUAACACAAAUACAUGAUCUGUAUUUUGAUAUCCAUGUUACUAAAGUUCCAUUGUUAGAAAAGGAAGUAAGAGGUGUUACUGAUUUAACAGAGUUUUCCAACUAUUUAAUGUGCCCAAAUUAUCUUUUCCGUAAUACCGAUUAA